AGCAUUCUUUCCAAUGAGAUCAAUAUCCUUUCUCAGAAGAAAACAUGAAUCGUGGAAACACGGAGUCCACAAAACGAUCUCACGAUUACCGCCACUCAUUUCCCAAAUGUCUCCACAUCUUCUGUCCUGUUUAACAAGAACCGCCCAAGAAAUUUCAUCCUCUGCGUCAGUCCAUCUUUAUAAAGAUCAAAUUUCCUGCAUCUCACUCGAUCCAUAACCAGAAAUCAGUCUGUCCUGAUAAAAAAAAAGCUCCCUUCUUUAAUUCAAGUGUCCACUUUUCUCAUACUUCUUCAAUUUCGAUAGAAAGAUGGGUAUGGUCCUUGGGAAAAUCACUGUGGAAACACCGAAAUUUGAAGUUCUCCAAUCCUCCACAGACUAUGAAAUUCGGAAGUACUCUUCCUCAGUGGUGGCAGAAGUGACUUACGACCCGUCGGAAUUUCGAGGGAACCCUGACGGCGGCUUCACUGUUUUAGCCAACUACAUUGGCGUUUUGGGCAAACCACAGAACACAAAGCCUGAAAAGAUUGCAAUGACAGCUCCCGUUAUAACCCAAACUUCGGAAACCACUGCUGAGAAGAUUGCCAUGACAGCACCGGUCGUCACCAAGARCGGUGGAGACGGUGAAAAGAAGAUGGUGGCGAUGCAAUUCGUGUUGCCGUCCAAGUACACCAAGGCAGAGGAGGCUCCGAAGCCAACUGACGAGAGGGUGGUGAUCAAGGAGGAAGGGGAGAGGAAGUACGGGGUGGUCAAGUUUUCAGGAGUGGCAACAGACAAGGUGGUGAACGAGAAAGCAGAGAAGCUGAAACAAAGCUUGGAGAGAGAUGGGUACACGAUUACAGGGAAGUUCCUACUAGCAAGGUAUAAUCCACCUUGGCUCACUUUGCCUCCUUUGAGGACAAAUGAGGUUAUGUUUCCCAUUGAGUGAGUCUGGUACAGUCCCUGAUCUUUGUAAAGUUUUGAGUUUUGGGUUCUUCUUCUCGGUUAGUCUCCGUAAUCGACAUACUUGGCUUUACCCCCUCUUCCCUCUUGUAAGUUGAAGAAGCCGAUAUCUCCUUCAACCGUGUGUUCGCUCUUACUGUUCUGAAAACCAUUCAAGUAAUACUGCAGGCGGAUUUAUUACAGAAAUCAAGUUUUAGUCUCACUUAUCAAAUUAAGGAGACAACAGACAAUAAAAGAUCUGCUCUUGUUUAGCCAAGCUUAGUAAGGAAAACAAAUUAAUGCAAGGGCUAUGGGUUGCAUUGGAGACUCUAAGUCUCACCAUCAAUCAGAGAUUCAGAGUAAACGAGUAAUCUUAUAGCUAUGGGUUGCAUUGGAGACUCUAGAGCUCAAAUCAGCUAAAACUGUUCUCAAAAGUCUUAAUAUUUUGCAGAUGAAAUCCUACUAGUUGAAUGGCCCAUCUCCAUGCCCAUUACUCGGUCUGAGCUUACAUGCCUUGUAUACCCACAGACCAUUACUCGAUCUGUUUCUGUGAUCUGUUCAAGAAAUUUUUGGUAUGGGGUGCAGUCUAUUUGGAGGACGAGAGCAUAAACUAAAUACGGAAAAGGAAAAAAAAUUCUGUGAACCUUCCCUAAUGUUUCUAACAAAUCCUAAACUAAGAAAAAAAAAUCAUUAAACCUUUUUAGAUCUUGUGACAUGAUUGAAAAACUGAUUGUAUGGCAGAAAUAGGUUUCUGUCUCUUAAACAGAAAGAUUUAUUUGUUUCCCUAUA